AGUUAGAUGAAAACUUUGGAAACAUUUUCCGAUCGACGGGAGGUGUCGAGCGCGGCGGACGUCAUUGGCGCCAUGAUCGUGAUGGUGCUGUCGCCGGCGAAGACGCUAGAUAUGUCCGAGCUUGAAGCGAACUCACCAAGCACCCAGCCCUUGCACCUGGACGAUGCGUCGGAGCUGAUCCACGACCUGCGGAAGCUUUCUCUGAGCAAAGUCAAAGCACUUCUUGGCGUGAGCGAUGCCCUGGCCAAACUCAACUACGACAGGUACAAGCAAUUUAUCAUGGACGGAUCGGCCACGUCGAAGCCAGAAUCGUUCAAACAGGCCAUAUUGGCCUUCGAUGGACCGGCAUACAAGGGGCUCCAGAGUUCCACGUGGAGCGCUUCUGACAUGGAAUUCGCUCAGGCCCAUCUUCGGAUUCUCUGUGGGCUUUAUGGUACACUGCGGCCCCUCGACCUCAUUCAACCGUAUCGAUUGGAAAUGGGUCAAAAGGUCGUCACGGCGCGGGGCAGCGACUUGUACUCGUUCUGGGGGCCCGCCAUCGCGAAAGACAUCAACGAAGCAUUCAAAGAGUCGUCGUCUGCCAACAUCCUGCUCAACGUUGCGUCCAUCGAGUACUUUAAGAGCGUCGAACUGACUGCCCUCGAUCCAUCCGUCACAGUCGUCGACUGUGUCUUCAAGGACGAUGGCCAGAUCAAGUCUGUGUUUGCCAAGCGCGCGCGGGGCCUCAUGGUCCGCCAUGUUGUGACCACUCGAGCCUCGACAUUGGCUCAAGUCCAGGCAUUUCACGCGGAAGGGUACACGUUCAGCGCGAAGGAAUCCACUGGAACGCAGCUCAUUUUCAACCGAUCGAAAGCAGCCGCGGCCGAGGCGCUCAGGCUGACGCGGGAAGCAGCCGCCGCAGCCAAGAAGGGACGGCCGAAGCGACCCACCCAAGAGGACGAACCCGUGAUAGUCACGCUCGGCGACGUGAAACGAUCGACGAAACAGCCUAGACGCGCCACGUCCGGCCGUCCGUCGUGACGGGUCCAUGGAGCCAGCAGGUCGCAGCGACAGCCCACUGCGACUGUUUUCUAAGCUCUCGCUUACCUGUCGACUCGAGCACUUUCGCCACCCCAAAAAGUGGCAGCGCCCUGCAUUGUCGAGCCAUAUUCGAGGGGUUUUCCAGUCAGGUAUGGGAUAAACUAGAUGUGUUUGAGCAACGAGAAGAGCAUGACAUGCUCCGCUGCAUGCGACGGUCCCAGCCUCGGUCUAGCACCCCCGUGGAGCUGCGAUGGCCC